AAUGAGUUCCCAACCUGAAUCAUCUGACUCGAAAGGCGCGAAGAAAGACUUCUCUACAGCAAUAUUGGAGCGCAAGAAGUCCCCCAAUCGGCUCAUCGUCGACGAGGCCGUCAAUGACGACAACUCCGUCGUGGCGAUGCACCCAGCCACCAUGGAAAAGCUGCAGCUCUUCCGCGGCGACACUAUCCUCAUCAAGGGCAAGAAAAGGAAGGAUACAGUCUGUAUUGCCCUUGCUGAUGACGCGUGUGAAGAGCCAAAGAUCAGGAUGAACAAGGUUGUCAGAUCAAAUCUGAGGGUUCGGCUGGGAGAUAUUGUAUCUGUGCACCAGUGCCCAGAUGUUAAGUAUGGAAAACGUGUCCAUAUACUGCCACUUGAUGAUACCAUAGAAGGCAUCACUGGGGAUCUGUUUGAUGCAUACCUGAAACGUAAAUUUUUGUGUCAAAUAUUAUAUGUCACAUUAAAAAUUUCCCGCUCAAUUCAAAAUUCAUUCACCAAAUAAAUUUUUUACACUCAAAUCAUAAUUUUAAAAUUCACAAACUAAAAAUACAACUCUAUUUUCAAAUCAUAUUUAAAAAAGUCUACCAAAAGCAAGCUCCGUGUUUCAAACAACCCUUUACCAUUUACGGGACCAUUCAAUAGGCCUGUUUGGUAGAGCUUAUAAGCUGUUUAUUUUAGCUUUCAACUUAAUUUAAGCUAAAAUAUUGUGUUUGGUGCAGCUUAAGUUAACCAACUUAUAGCUUAAAUCAAACUAUUUCUCAACUUAUCUCAAAAGUUGGUUAGGGGGUGCCUAAAUUUUUUACUUAAGUGCACAGCUGAUGUGGGAGGCUAAAAUUAUUUAAAUGCCCUCUUCAAUACCCAAAUAUUAAUAUUAAUAUUAAUUAAAAAAAUAAAAAAUUAUAUAUUU